AUGCCAGAGACAUUGACCUUGUACACAGCCAAGAUCUGCCCGUACGCUCACAGAACGGAGUUGGCGCUUGAGGAGGCUCACGCCGAUUAUACUCGAUAUGAAAUCGAUCUCUCCAACAAACCGGAGUGGUACGCUCCUCGAGUGAACCCAGCUAGCAAGGUUCCAGCCAUCGCCUAUGGGGGUCCCAAGACCGCCCCCGAUCAACCAUCCCCUGAAUCCGAAAAGAUUGCGGAAUCUCUCGUCCUGCUCGAAUUCAUCGCCGACCUUUACCCCGACUCCAACCUUCUCCCCAAGGACCCCGUCCUCCGUGCCAAGGCACGAUUCUUCAUCGAUGCCUUCUCGACUAAGGUGUCUCCUUUCUACAUGGCAUUCGUCGCCCGCGGAGAACCGUUCGAAAACUUACUAAAGGGUAUCGAAGCCCUGCAAAGCCUACUUCCUCCUGAAGACAAGGGGCCGUUCGCCCUGGGAAGCCAGUUCUCUAUCGCAGAUGCUGCCGUUCUGCCAUUCAUCGCUCGGUUGUACGUCAUACUGAAAAAUGACAUCGGCGGGUUCGCCAAGGGGGUCGGCCCCGCGAGCUUCAAGAUCCUCCAGGAGGAUGAGAAAUAUAAGCGAUUCAAGUCGUAUGUCGAAGCGUUGUUCGAGAGGGAAAGCUUCAAGAAGACGUUCCAUGAGGAUGUCAUCGCCGAGGUGUACCAGAAAAGAUUUGGGAGACAAGAGUAG